GACGCGAAGCAGCGAAGAAGGCGAUGGACCCGCACUCUUUGGGGAUGCAGGGUGGCGGCAUGUCGAUGCCCAUGUCCAUGGGUAUGGGCGCUGCCAACACUCAGUCCAUGGGCAUGGGUAUGAACCCCCAAGCAAUGUACAGCCAGCCGCAGAUGAUGAUGAACAACAUGCCCAUGGGCUCCAUGGGCAUGACCCAGAUGAACCCCAACGUUAUGAACCAGCCCCAAGUGAGCGACUGGCGGAUCCAGCUGACGAGGGAACACCGCGCCAACCUUAUCGCUAAGAUCUAUAACGAGAUGGUACGGGUAUCAGCUGACCCUGUGCCAGGCAUUAAGCUCUGGAUGAACGUGUCGUGGUAUGAAUUGUCGCUGUACAAGGAGUCGCCCACACAGGAGGUCUACAUUAAUAAGAUAUUCACGCGGCUCAAGUCACUGAGAGCGCAACAGUCGGAUAUAAACGCAGCCAUGGCAGCGCAGGGACUGCCCAAUCAGGGCAUGCUCUCCAGACUCGACUUUUCGUACUAUAACACACUUAAUUUGAACCAGAGAGGCGCCACUGGGGGACAAGUUAGCAGCUAUCCGGGACACAGUCAGGUGAGUGCACCUGGCUCCCACCCGGGAGCUCAACAGCAACAGCAACAACAGCAACAGCAACCGCAACAACCGCAGCAGAAACCGGUAUCUGCAAGUACCACGAACACUCCAGUGAAGUCAGAGACGAGCACGUUGGGGAACUCUGUGGCCGAGUAUUGGCAGCAACAUGCAGCGCUGCGAGCAAAACAUCAGGGAGAUGUCGAGAAGGUGCACAAUGCCUUCAAGAAGUAUGUGGAUCACAUGAAGGGACAUGAUGAGACGGAGCAGAAGAAGAAGCUGCGAUAUCUUCUCAGCUAUGUAGAGCUCUGCGCGAACAUCUUGAACGAAGACAAGGCCACGCACCCACCGCGGAAGAUCGAGGAGCUGGACAAGGUCUUUAAGUACAUCGUCAAGAUCGUCAACCCGUACCUGAAGAAGCUGCGUACGGAGACUGAUAAGCGCAGCUACCCAAGUAGCGACGUCGGCAAUGGCCAGCAAGCUGCAACAACAGGCCCUGGUGUACCCACGUCCUCGGGAGUUUUAACAAGCUCGGGCUCCAACACGAUGCCCCCGGGUAGUUUCAGUAGUGCAAUGGCACAGGCUCCGUCUGCUGGGCAGCCACAGCAGCAGAACGCGGCCAACACGUCGACGCAGAUGCCUCAGCAAAAGCAGCAGCAGUAUAUGAUGCAGCAGCGUCCCCAGCAACAGUUCUCCGCUCAGCAGGCGAAUCAAAUGAAGCACCAGCAACAGAAUAGAGAGAGUCCAUCGAUCAGUUCUGGGCUCACUCUGGGCCUGGACGACUCGCUGUACGGUAGUAUGAGCAACGACUUGUUGCAGAUGCCGACGCCUUCCGGAACCUCCUCGGGCGGCCUCAUGGACUUCUCCAACGCAUUAUCGCCCACGAACUUCGGCGGCAUGGACUUGCUCGACUGGGACGACCAGGGAAGCUCGGGUCAGGGCGGCAUUGGCGCGUCCACAGGCGACAGCUCGGACCUCAUGACGUUCGUGGAGACACUGUAG